CCCGGCCGAGCCACUGAGCGGCCGCAGCACUGCCGCUUCCCAGAGCGACCCCCGGACCGUGCCGACCACUGUCCCGCGUGAUGUCCGUGCCCACGCGGUCCCAGUCAUGCCCAGCCUCAGAGCUCGCCCCGAAGAGGCAGAAAUGGAGCCCUCAGUUCCUGGACCGUCCCCUUGGACCCCUUCAGCCCAGGCCUGUGUGAGUGAUGCUACCACCGUGACCCACCCUGCAUCUGCAUUCUCUGAUCCACUCUACUGCAGUGACACUGAGCUGGGAACCACCCCCCCUCACCAUCAGCAGCCAGAUUGGGACACCAGGAUUGAGGGCAAGGAGUUUCUUCAGAAGGAAGAUGUUUCUGAGGAUUUAGAAUCAAAGGCAGAAAUAUUAGAAAGCUGUACCAGUGAUGUUUCCCUGGCACCUGAGCUUGGAGAACUCUGUGAGGACGUAUUAGAAAGAGACUGGGGAGUCCCUGAUGACACGAGCCAGGCGCAGUCCCUCUUCGGAGAGGAGGACCUCACGCCAGUGGCAGUGCUCCUUGCCAGCCCCUUAGGGGAGAGAGAGAUGCACUGUGAUGAUUUUGAGAGAGACUUUAGUCAGAGCCAACACCCAGCGGCAUAUCAAGGAAUCUCUGUGGAAGAGAGGCCACAUCUGUACACGUGUGGCCAACACAGCAUGGACCUCACUAGCCACGAGGGUCCCCACACAGCUGAAAGCACCUUCAUAUGUAAUGAGUGUGGGAAAACCUUCAGAGGAAACACUGAUCUAAUUCAGCAUCAGAUCAUGCACACUGGACAGAAGUCCUUCGUAGGUAAUGAAUGCGGAAAAGCCCUCAGCCAGAAUUCAGUUCUUAAAAAUCAUGGGAGGUCUCCUGUGAGUGAGCGCUACCAGUGCAGCGAAUGUGGAAAGGCCUUCCAUGUGCACUCAGACCUCAUUAGGCAUCAGGUCACCCAUGGUGGAGAGAAGCCUUACGUUUGCAAUGACUGUGGAAAAGCUUUCAGCCAGAAUUCCAGCCUUAAGAAGCACCAGAAGUCUCACAUGAGCAAGAAGCCCUAUGAAUGCAGUGAGUGUGGGAAGGCUUUUAGGCGGAGCUCAAACCUUAUCCAACAUCAGAGAAUUCAUUCUGGGGAGAAGCCUUAUGUGUGCAACGAUUGUGGGAAGGCCUUUAGACGGAGCUCCAACCUCAUCAAACACCACAGGAUUCACACAGGCGAAAAGCCUUUUGAGUGUAAAGAGUGUGGGAAGGCAUUCAGCCAGAGCUCUCAUCUGAGGAAGCACCAGAGGGUACACACUGGAGAGAGACCUUAUGAGUGUAAUGAGUGCGGCAAGCCAUUCAGCCGGGUCUCCAAUCUCAUUAAGCAUCACCGGGUUCACACAGGAGAGAAACCCUAUAAAUGCAGUGACUGCGGGAAGGCAUUCAGUCAGAGUUCAAGCCUCAUUCAACAUCGGAGAAUUCACACUGGAGAGAAGCCUCAUGUGUGUAAUGUGUGUGGAAAGGCCUUUAGUUACAGCUCAGUGCUCAGAAAGCACCAGAUAAUCCACACGGGAGAAAAGCCCUAUGAGUGUGGCGUCUGCGGGAAGGCCUUCAGCCACAGCUCCGCCCUCAUUCAGCACCAGGGUGUGCACACGGGUGACAAGCCCUACGAGUGUCAGGAAUGUGGGAAGACCUUUGGCCGCAGCUCUAACCUUAUCCUUCACCAACGAGUUCACACUGGAGAGAAACCCUAUGAAUGUACCGAGUGUGGAAAAACCUUCAGCCAGAGUUCAACUCUCAUUCAGCAUCAGAGAAUCCAUAAUGGAUUGAAACCCCAUGAGUGCAACCAGUGUGGUAAAGCCUUCAACCGAAGCUCAAACCUCAUUCACCACCAGAAAGUUCACACUGGAGAGAAGCCAUACACAUGCAUUGAAUGUGGUAAGGGCUUCAGCCAGAGCUCACAUCUCAUUCAACAUCAGAUCAUCCACACUGGUGAGAGGCCCUACAAGUGCACUGAGUGUGGGAAGUCCUUCAGUCAGCGCUCAGUCCUUAUCCAGCACCAGAGGAUUCACACGGGAGUGAAGCCCUACGACUGCACUGCCUGUGGGAAGGCCUUCAGCCAGCGCUCAAAGCUGCUCAAGCACCAGCUGACCCACACCAGGGAGGAGAGGCCGUACAAGUGCAUCGAGUGUGGGAAGUGCUUCGGCCGGAGCUCCCACCUCCUGCAGCACCAGAGGACCCACACCGGGGAGAAGCCCUACGUGUGUGGGGUGUGCGGGAAGGCCUUCAGCCAGAGUUCGGUCCUUAGCAAACACAGGAGGAUCCACACAGGCGAAAAGCCCUACGAGUGUAACGAGUGCGGAAAGGCGUUCCGUGUGAGCUCAGACCUCGCUCAGCAUCACAAGAUCCACACAGGAGAGAAGCCCCAUGAGUGUCUCGAGUGCCGCAAGGCCUUCACUCAGCUCUCACACCUCAUUCAGCACCAGCGGAUCCACACGGGGGAGCGACCCUACGUGUGCCCGCUGUGCGGGAAGGCCUUCAACCACAGCACUGUGCUGCGCAGCCACCAGCGGGUGCACACGGGGGAGAAGCCCCACGAGUGUGCGGAGUGUGGCCGGGCCUUCAGUGUUAAGAGGACGCUGCUGCAGCACCAGCGGGUGCACACCGGGGAGAAGCCUUACUCCUGCAGUGAGUGUGGGCGCACCUUCAGUGACCGCUCCGUCCUCAUCCAGCACCACAAUGUGCACACAGGCGAGAAGCCCUACGAGUGCGGGGAGUGCGGCAAGGCCUUCAGCCACCGCUCCACUCUGAUGAACCACGAACGGAUCCACACAGAGGAGAAGCCCUAUGGCUGCUACGCCUGCGGCAAGGCCUUCGUGCAGCACUCCCACCUGAUCCAGCACCAGCGGGUGCACACCGGGGAGAAGCCCUACGUUUGCAGCGAGUGCGGGCAUGCCUUCAGCGCCCGGAGGUCUCUGGUCCAGCACGAGAGGAUACACACAGGUGAGCGGCCCUUCUGCUGCACACAGUGCGACAAGGCGUUCAGCCUGAAAGCCACACUGAUCGUGCACCUGAGGACGCACACGGGCGAGAGGCCCUACGAGUGCAGCCGCUGUGGGAAGGCCUUCAGCCAGUACUCGGUGCUCAUCCAGCACCAGAGGAUCCACACGGGGGAGCGGCCCUAUGAGUGCGCUGAGUGUGGCCGUGCCUUCAACCAGCACGGGCACCUGAUCCAGCACCAGAAGGUGCACCAGAAGCUGUGACCUCGGCAACCACAAGUCUCUCACACUCGGGAAGCCCCCAGCUUAGAAGCUCUGUCAGCUGCAUAGGAAGCCCUUUGGUAAUUGAGGAUCACAGAGUAACUCCAGGGAGAAGCUGUGCUCAUCACUUCUGGGGAAUAACUUCAGAGGUGCCGACUUUAUUUUUUUCAACAUCUUGGAGUCAUAUUGGAGAGUAAUCACAGUUGUAGUGGAUUUCGGUAAAGACAGUCA